AUGCCUCGUGGUCGAAGCAAGGCCGCUCACAAAACUCGAAUGCGAGUCUUCCACUAUAAGUCCCGUGAUGGUUAUAAAACAUGCAAAGAUCGUCGAGUCAAGUGUAAUAAAAAUUGUCCGACAUGUUAACGAUGUCGCUGUAGCAAUCGCGAGUGUGUGCGCGACACAGGCGACAUGCUUACUUGCAUAGGCACCUACAGUGAUGCACUAGAGGAUGCAACUUUCCUUAGUAGAUUAUCACCCGUCCGGAACUAUAUGUUACGACUGCUAAGGGAGAAAGUGCCCGUCAUUAUAACAGUCGUAAUGACGGUCGGUAAUCAGGGUCGCGCUCUCGAGGAUGAGCCACCCAACAACGGCGACUACGUCGGACCAAUAGCACAUAAUGCAGCGAUCUGGGCGCAAUCCAACCGUCUUUUCGAAUCGAAAGGCAGCGAUGUCGUGCAAGCGCUAUCAUGUUUCCUUCUGAUCAUUCUCGAAUCUCUCGGCCUGCAUUUAGAUGCUGCCGACGAUGAGUCCGCGAGAGAGAUGGUCGAGACACGCGCGAAUAAAGCGGUGACGAACAUCGAUCAAUUGCUGCCGAAGCUCGGUGGUCUGCUGCUCAAGCAGGAGCAUACCUCGGUGAAGGGUAAGGAUCCACUGGCAGCCUUGCUGCACCGUCUAUGGGCGUUCAUAUACCACGGCGACGUAUGGGCUGAGCUUGCAUUGGCCGGGCAGAGCGACGAAGCACAGCAUAGACCUCAAGCAGACGCAGUCUUUGGGUCAGUGAUGAAGCUUUCCCUCCAGCACUCGAUUGGGACUCUCGUCCAAUACUCGCCAGAGCAUGAUGCUUCUCAGAAAACUUCGAGGAUCUUCGACCGCAAUUUCAUUAAAGCAAGCCUCCGACAGCAAGUGGAGGACUACAUUACGCCAGAAGUCGAAGCUUUGACUGGGCUCGGUAAUCCUAUCCUUGUGGCAGUGUUAUAUGGGAAGUUUCGUGAAACCAAGAAAUUAAAAAACGAAAGCGGAGCGAACGAAUUGUACGUCAUGGCAAACAAUGUGAUCAACACAAUGCAAGCCCGCCUGAAGGAGAACUUGUCCAGUGACAUGAUUCCUUCGUACUUUAUUCGCGUCGGAAACACUCCCACCACCGACGGUGGAAUGAUCGAUCGCGUAGCAAUCCAUCGGAUUGCUGCAAAGCUGCUGGCUCGUCGACUUCCCUUGUACCCUCCGAUUUCAAGACCGAAGCACCUAGCCGGAGAGAGCCAGUCAUACGCGCAAGGCCGCCCUUAG